UCGUCAAGUCGCCAUAGUCGCACCCACAUCGACAUCACCCACGUUCGCUCCCCAUCUCCCUCUGCAGGCUCGCAAGACGACGACCUACUCGAGCACGGUGUUCACGUUUCCCCGGCUGAAAUCUCCCCUCACUAUUCUGUCAUACAGCCCAGUCAAAGCCAGAGUGGCUCCUCGUCCCAUCCUGGCGAAUUCCAAGUAAUAUUCCCUAGCGAACUCGGCCCCGAGCAUGAUGGCUCGGAUUUAGUCUCACGUUCAGACCCCCAAGAGCAGCUCCAGCAACGGCCUUCUCGUUCCAACUCCGCUCGCAGACAGACUGUCCGUCUGCAGCAGCCCCUCCGUGAAUCAACACGCAGUCGAACACGACCGCUGCAAGAUACCUCUCCGACAGAAAGCGGUGAUUCCACCGAGGACUUUCUCAACCGCCCGGAUCCAUACCCUCCCAUGCGACCACAGUCACAAUACGCACCUAAUGCUUAUCCCCAUUCCACAUCUUCAGGAUCUUUUGCAUACCCACCAGUUCCACAUCCGCAUCCCAACGCGGUGAUUGCUUUGCAGCCACAGCCUAUGGCAAUGCCCUAUCCACCACCACACUACCCUCACGGCCAACCCAUGCCAUAUCCUCCGCCCUCAGCCUACGGUGGAGGCGGCUACGGUCAUCCUGCCCCCGGCUCACAAGUCAGCUCUCCCUACACCACUUCUCCCUAUCAUGCACCGACCAUGGUGAGUUAUGGCGGCGGCCCUCCUGGCGGAUACUUUCCACCACAGUUUCCCGCCCAUUAUGGACAACAAUAUCCACAACCCUACAACCCUUAUGCUCAACAGAUGCCCCCACCAUUCCCCUAUCCUGACUACGCUCGAAUCCAGCCUCCACCCGCAGCUUCUCCACCGCCAAGCUCGGCCAAUGCGUCUGCCGACAGGCUUGAAAAGCCAAAAGAAGCAGAUCCUGAAGAGAUGUUCAAACGAUUUGCCGAUAUGAUGAAAGAGGAGCGCGCCCAGGCGGAACUCACCAAGGAGCAACAAGCAAUGGAAAGAGCCAAAGCCGAGACAGCACGCGCCGAACAAGAGCAGCGUAUCCGUGAACAAGCCCUACGACAAGCUGAAGAAAGAGCCCGGCAAGAUGCACUGCGAGCAGAAGAGGAGAAGCGUAUUCACGAGCAGGCUCUUUUGCAAGCGGCCGAAAAGGCACGUGCCGAUGCUGCCGCUGCUGCCGCACGUGCAGAAGACGAAAGACGCAUUCGACAAGAGGCCAUCAUUGCCGCGGAAGCCAAGGCUCGCGCUGAUGCUGCAGCGUUUCAGGAGCGGUUGGCAGCCGAACAGCGCAUUCGAGAGGAGGCUAGGCAGGAGGCAAUCCGUGCAUACGAAGAACAAGUUCGCAAGGCUGCCGAACAAGCCGCAAGGGAACAACAGAUUCGUAAGGAAGCAGCCGAGGCAGCACUCAGAGCUGCUGCUGAAGAAGCCGCCGCCAGAGCAGAAAAGGCUGCCGCGGAGAAGAAAAUUGCCGACGACGCUGCAGCGGCUGCUAAGACGGCUGCCGAGAAAGAAGCCGCCGAAGCCGCCGCAGCCGUUCAGGAAAAGGCCAAAAAGGCACAAGAAGAGGCUGAGGCGAAACUAAAGGAAGCUGAAGAGGCCGCAGCCAAAGCAAAGACAGAAGCAGAGGAAGCAGAAAAGAAGGCAGCCGCCGCCGCACCUCCUGAGAAGAAACCUCCCGUGAGAUUCAAAGAUGCCAUUGGUCGCAACUACAACUUCCCUUGGGAGCGUUGCCAUCGAUGGAGGGAUAUGGAGGGUCUCAUCAAUCAAGCUUUUGCACAUAUUGAAGGAAUAGGCGAGCAUGUCAUGCACGGUCGAUAUGACCUUAUCGGGCCUGACAAAGAGAUCAUCAUGCCCAAUUACUGGGAGUCGACCGUCGAGCCUGAUAUGCAUAUCACCAUGAUGCUGUGGCCUAUUCCAGAACCACCAAAAGAGGACGAAAUCAUAGUUCCUCCGGAUUUCGAUCCAGACGCCAUUGUUACUUUUGAUGAUAUUCUCCACCCACCGGGUGGAGGAAAGAAGAAAGGUAAGACACCCGCGCCCCUUGGGUUUCACGUUGCAUCUGCUAAUCCACCA